GAUAGUCUGUGAGAUGGAUGCUGCCCCAGCAGACAGCAAGCCUGGCCCGGUCCAACUGUGUGUUGGGGAGUGCAGACCUGAUCUCAAGACUCACUCUGCCCAACUCUACGCCUUUGUGGUAAGACACUGUUAUCAUUAAUAUUUUAUGUUUUAAGUAUUUUUUGAAAUUAGAACCGUUUUUUUACGCUUACAUUGACAUACAAAUAGUAAUAAAAAAGUAAUACACUUGGCAAAAUAACCAAUAACUCUACACUACUGGCUGAUGACUAUUAAAACUCUAAACGUUUCAGAAUGAGGAAGAGAAGUAUUCCUCAAGCUUUCUUCAAUGUCGACCACCAUUGUUGUCUUGUAAACCAGAGAAUAAGGCCUACCAAUGCACUGAAAUGAUGAAGCCUUUUCCUGAAGUAUGUUAUGUUGAAAUACAUAAUUGCACAGUAAUUACCACAGAGAUGCCCAGGGAAUCAGCAGUGAUUAAAUAGACAAUCGGUGUUGUCAACAGUAGGUGUUGUCGUACAGUAGUAAACCCUAAGAGAAUACCUGAAUGAACACCUCCACACUUGCCUUCAUCCACACCUGUAUCUCACCCAUACUAAAGCUAGCCUGAAGCUAACUGAUAAUCAACACUCCCAUUCACACACUCCCAAUUAGCCACCACUUAACAAUUAACAACCGCUAGUAAUUACUAGAACUGUUUUCAGAGUAGCGCUUUAGCCUAUCCCCUGACUAGUAGAGCACUGAGUGAGGAACCGUGUGUGUGUGUGACGUUUGUGUGUCUGCACUGACACUUUUGACACCAAAAAUGUGUGUUGCUGCUCAGGGAGUUGCGACAUCAUCACAGCGCUGUAUGUGGCUACUACAGUACUUUACCUGCAAUUCCCUAAUAUCACAGCCCCGUUAAAGAAAAUGACACAUAACAAAAGCUCUCUUCAAUUUUGUAGACAACCAAACACUCUCCGCGCACGUGUGUGUGUGUGUGUGUGUCCAUCUAAUUGUGUCAGCGGCGCUGAGGAGCAGUCCGACUCUGUUUUGUCAGUGUCUCUCAGCAUUCCAGCCUAGCUGUCUGUCUGUCUGUGUGGGUGUUUCUCCAGCUGUCUGUCUGUCUGUCUGUGUGCUCACUGAUGACAGGCAGGCCGACUGGGCGGGGCUACUGUAAACACUAGUUAUUUUCAGGUUUUAAAGGUUCAAUGGAAUAGAACUCAGCAAUGCAGAACACAGCAACACAACACAGGAUGAGUAGGAUUGCAGAGGGACUUUAAAAGCUCCUGGUUUUAUUUUACUCCCUCUUUACAUGGGGUCGCGGUGCAGAGGGAGGGCAUGCCACGGACCGGGGCAGUUGAAAGCUAUUAUUGUCUGCUGUGGCUCGGUAUAGAGUAGAAGGUACUGUUAAGAGGGACAGGAGGUGUAUGAUAGCUGAGUGCAUUACAGUGAUAGAGAACAAUUGUUUUCACUCCCCCUCCUGUCUCCCUUCCACCUCUAGAUGCCAUCGGUGCAGGGCCUUUCCCCCAGCAGAGGGCCUGAGUCUGGGGGCACCAAGGUGACCAUCAUGGGGGAGAACCUGGGUGCUGGCAGCAGUGUCACCGUCCUCUUUGGGAACCAGACCUGCGAGUUCUACGGGUAAGUGAGAGACCCAUCUCACCCCCUCUCCUACUUACACUGACUAGUUCAUUUGUGGUAGUUUAAUUGUCUGCUGUGGCUCGGUAUAGGGCUCCAGAGUGGCGCAGCGGUCUAAGGCACUGCAUCUCAGUGCUUGAGGAGUCACUACAGACCCCCUGGUUCGAUUCCAGGCUGUAUCACAACCGGCCGUGACUGGGAGUCCCAUCGGGUGGCGCACAAUUGGCCCAGCGACGUCCGGGUUUGGCCAGUGUAGGCCGUCAUUGUAAAUAAUAAUUUGUUCUUAACUGACUUGCCUAGUUAAAUAAAGGUAAAAUAAAAAAAUAAAAAAUACAUACUGUAUUACUCUCCGAUCUCUCCUCCUGUGGAAAACAGAGAAGUUAGAAGAAAGAAAAGCCAUUUGUAAUGGUUUUCAAAACUUCAGUCUUAAUAAAUACAGGUAAAUUAUGUAAAUUGUGCUGUUACCCAGUGGGAUCUCUCUCUCUCUCUCUCUCUCUCUCUCUCUCUCGCUCUCUCGCUCUCUCUCUCUCUAUUGCACUCUUUCUCUCUCUUGCUCUCUCGCUUUCACUCUUUUUCAUCUAAGUGAGAGCCCCCUAGGGGCAUCUCUCCUUCUCUCCCAGUCAGAAACGUGUGCAAUUCUUAAUAAGGUUUUGAUGACCCACUGCAUCAAACCUCUUUAAUAAUAGACCCCAGACAACCUUAUGCUCCCCUGCCCGGGAUUUUUUCCCUUUUUCAGUUACCUUUACUUUUUUUUAUUUGAUCUGCUCUCUCUUGCUUCCUUUUCAUCUCUCUCUCUCUCUCUCUCUCUCUCUCUCUCUCUCUCUCUCUCUCUCUCUCUCUCUCUCUUUCUAUAUAUCUAUCUUUCUCUCCCGCCCUACCUGUCUCUUUCAUGCUCUCCAUCUUGCUCCCUACCCCUCUCUCUCUCUCCAUCCCUCCCUCCCUCUCAUCUCUCUCUCCCUCUAUAUCUAUUUAAAGCGGUGCAGCGUAAGGGAAGGGCGGAGGUCUCAUUGUAAUGCUGUAAGAUUGAGGAGUCAAGGCAGCUUUAAUGAGAUCUGGGCUAAUUGUUCUCUCUGUGAUUCUGACCGUGGAGAGAGAGAGAUGAGAGGAGAGGAGGAUGGGGGAUUGCUAAGGAACAGGGCUAGUUUCAGUGGGUGGGCAGGUAGUGCAGGGAUCCAUAGAGAGGGAUGGAGAAAGGUGAAGAAAUAUGAUUAAAGAAGAGAUGCAGACAUUGAAUGUAUGUUGGCAUAUGUGUUUGUGUGUGUGUGCAGGCGGACCAUGACAGAGAUUGUGUGUUACUCGGCUCCCUCCCUGACUGGGGUGGGUUCGGUGCAGAUCAGUGUGAGUGUGGACCGGGCCCAGGUCAAGGAGAGCCUGAGUUUUGACUACAUCGAGGACCCCACCGUACAGCGCAUCGAGCCAGAGUGGAGCAUCGCCAGGUAACAUCAACACCUCCACUCCUAGAUAUGAGCAUCAGUAACUGGACCCACUCUACUCCCUAGUCCUUCAUAGAACCCACCAUCAAACUAAUCCCACCAGCACUGCUAGUUAACAGCAAGAGUUGGCUUGGGUGAGUCAGUGUUAGAUAGUGCAGAGCUGUAGUCAGACAACAGCCAGACGUAGUAGUGGUAGUGAUUGUGAUUGGGAAGCAUCGCUGCAGCAUCUCCCAGGCAGGCGGAGUUUGUAAUGUAAUUCAAGAAAGGGAUGAUGAGGGAUGAUGAGGGAUGAUGAGGGAUGAUGAGGGCUGAGAGAGAGAGAGAGAGAGAGAGAGAGAGAGAGAGAGAGAGAGAGAGAGAGAGAGACGAGAUAGCGAGAGAGAGGAGAGACGCGAGAGAGAGAGAGGAGAGAGGACUGUGAACAUGUGGCAGAGGUGUGAGAGUGGAGCAGAUGGCAGCUGAGAGUUUAGUCUGGAAGAGAAGACAGAGCAGCAUGUCUUCCAUCCCUCCCUCCGCUGAGAGACAGAGAGAAGAGGGGAGGGGCACCGCAUUGUUUAGUCAAACUUAUUCUCUCUUUUCUGAAGCGAGAGCACCACCCCAUUCCUUCUCUCAGCCCUGGGAAUCAAAAGGGCUGCCAGGGUGCAGUGUACAUAAACACAACCCAGGAAUGCGUAGCUAAGAUCAACAGGGAGGACUGAGAUAUAUGUGUGUCAUGCAUUAGAUCAAACACAUGAGUAUCUUUUACCUGGCGCACAGCUAUGUAACACCCUAUCUCCGUUUUGUUCAGUGGAUCUCAGAAUAACUCUUGUUUUACUACAGAGCCGCUAGACUGUAGGUGAUGAUACUGCAGUAGCACCAUACACAUACAUAUUCUGAUUACUCUUUGACUUUCUGUCUAUGUGAUGCUCAUCUAGUGCUCCCAGCAGCCCUGGCUAGCCUGGUCACUAAUAUAACACACUGAACUUCAGCUCAGCCGCAAUAACAGUCCCGAUCACGAUAACGUCCUGUCCGUCUGUGUUGUUUAGGUCAGCACGGCCUGGCUUUUUUUGUUGAGCCACGUACCUACGACCGCUGCAAACUAACUAGCGACCUCGGCGCCGCAGCUAGCUGUGUUUGAUUGUCAGUUAAAAGCAUCUUUAAUCAUUUAUUUACCUCAAAAGCCUAUUAUCUUCUGAAAACGCCUUGUCAAAGAACAAGUUAGUUUGAAGCUUUUUUUAUUUAUCUGAGGUAAAAACGUUUCCACAAAGGGUUGUGCAGGGUAGGAAGUUUUGGAGAGAAGGUCUUGUUGUUGGCUGGUGUGUUUGUUUGUAAAACUUCUCUCUAUCUCUGUGUUUGUGUAUGUGUGUGUGUGUGUGUGUGUGUGUGUGUGUGUGUGUGUGUGUGUGGGAAACAGCGGCCACACUCCUCUGAUGGUGACAGGAACUAAUCUGGAUGUUGUGCAGGAGCCCAGGAUGCGCGUCAAAUACGGCGGCCGCGAGUCUGUC